AUGGACGAAGUGCUUCCGGGACUCUGGGUGGGUGGGGUUCGAGCUGCGAUGGACGUCGACUAUCUCUCGCAAGCUGGCAUCACGCACAUGAUCACGUGCAUGAAGCAGCAGAUCCCCGUUCCACCGCCGCUCGCCGAUGGUCGCACCAUCACGCGCGCGGAGAUGAAGCACGUUCGGAUUGACGACGACGAAAAGGCGCCCAUCCUGGUCCACUUUGCGGGUUGCAACGAGUUGAUCUCGAAUCAAUUGGAGGAGGAGUGGACUGCCGACGACCAAGACGAGUCGUCGGGAGAGCAGCAAGAAGAAAGCCACGACGAAGUGGAACAGCUGGUGCAGGGACGACAGAAGCGCAAUGGAAAGUGGGGAACUUGGAGCACCACCGGAUCCGGGACGGUGCUGAUCCACUGUCAAGCCGGAUGCUCUCGCUCCGUCGCCAUCACCGCCGCCUACCUCAUGCACACGCGUCGCAUCGAUGCCACCACCGCCAUCGCCAUGAUCCGUCGUCGUCGACCCUCAGCCUCACCCAAUGCCGGAUUCAUGGCGCAACUCGAGCUCUACGCCCAGGUCGGUUUCGAGGUCGACAUGAAGUGGCAGUCCGUACGACGCUUUCUCAUGAGCAAGACGGACAUCCUCAAUGGGGAUAGCAUGGACGAUAUGCUGCUGAGCUACUACCCCAGUCCCUAUCCUAGUCCGAAGCUCUGCGCCAGUGGUGUCAAGAGUUUCACGAGUAUUCGAUCAGACGACGAUGGAGCGGAUUCCUCCACAACGGAGAAAACAAAACAUUUUUCCAAACCGCUUUCUCGUUCAGCUUCUUCAUCUUCAUCCACCACAACCAGCACCAACGCUCAACGCAUCUCCCACCUCUCGAGCAUCAACCUCCCACCAUCUGCACUCGACAACGCCACUCCCGUAGCCGAGCUGGUUGACUCGAUGGCUAGCAUGUCGUCCCACCGCACCGACGCAGCGCAAGAAGUCAAAGUGACAGCCAACACGUCCGGCCGUCUACCUGGCGGCGUGGAGCACGUCCGGGGUCACGAAGGUGUCGCCAAUCGGGGUGCGUUAGCUCCACCCCAGUUUAAGGGUCCCAAGUUGAGGUGUAAAGGGUGUAGGAGGGAGUUGGCUGCAGAGGAUCAUGUUGUCAUUCAUGAACCGGGGAGAGGUCAGAUGGCCUUUGAACAUCGGAAGAGGGACGUUGGGUUUUCGUCGGACAGAGUCGCCACCACCAACAAUGCUUCAACAGAUCCAGCGAUAACACCCACAGAAACGUCCGCUCAACAGCAACCCAGCACGACGCCAACAACCGCACCACCACCAAGUAACAUCCCCCCACCACGAAUCCGCUCCGCAGCAUCACUCGCCUCCCAACUUCCCCCGCACCUAGCUGCCCUUCGCCGCCUCCCCACUUCCAACCCUGGUUCGGCUACAGCAACUUCAGCAGGGGGGUCGAUGUUGAACCACCCAUCGUGCACAAGCUACUUUAUCGAACCUAUGGCCUGGAUGACCGCUCUCAGCAGCGGAGAGGUGACUGGUAGGCUGAUGUGUCCCUCCGAGAAAUGUAGGGCCAAGUUGGGCAGCUGGGAUUGGGCAGGCAUGCAGUGCGGCUGCGGGGCCUGGGUCACACCUGCGUUCAGCUUGCACAGGAGCAAAGUGGAUGAGGUGUGA